UACUUUAGAGUCCCACAGGCUCCAAGGAGAGAAAGACCCGCUGCUGACGGAGAGGAAGGACUUCAGCCCAACAGGACCGGAACCAGCCCCAAAACCCACCGAGAACUGGACCUAACGGAACCCGAACAGAACCGAGAGCCGGUUCCGUUCGCAACUUUGGGCCGGAGCUGCUGUUAUCUUCAGCGGGAACGCAGAGGAAUGGGUCUGCCGAGGAAGAAACCCUCCUGUGGGUGUUCGGAGUGAAACCGACCCGAGGGAGGAAGAGGAGCGGUGAGGAGGAAGAAUAGGUUCCGAACAGGAGGACAAGAUGAAGAUGGGAGGAAGAGGAGGAGCGGCGCUGAUGGAGCUCUGCGGGAUUCUGCUGCUGCUGACCGGAAGCUGUCACUGCGGAGACGCUCAGCAGACCGAGCAUCUGGCCUCGUACCAGCUGACUGCUCCUCGGCCAAUAGGAGGCCGGCUGAGGCGGGACGCUGAGGGCAGGCCGCCCAAUCAGGUUUCCUUCAUCAUCCCAGUGGAUGGAAACGAUCUCCUCAUCCAUCUGCAGAGAAACGAGGUCCUGCUGCCUCCAGAUUUCACCGUCUUCACCUACGGCCCAAACGGAUCCCUGAUCACAUCCAGACCACCUGUCCAGAACCACUGCCAGUACCAGGGCUUCGUUCAGGACAUGGAGGGCUCUGCUGUGGCCAUGAGCGUCUGUGGCGGCCUCAGAGGAGUGAUGCAUCUCACCAACGACAGCUACGGCAUCGAGCCGCUAGACUCCGCCCCCGAGCAGCACCUGCUCUACCGCCUGCAGGAUGUGACAUCACAGCCCCGAGGAUGUGGAACGCCUCACUACGGGCACGGCGACGCGACGGAGCAUGCGCAGUACGACCCGGAGGAGAUCCAGCACCGCCGGCGCAGCAGGGUAAAGAGAGCUGUUCUCCACAAGACUCACUAUGUGGAGCUGCUGCUGGUGGUUGACAACGACAGGUUUAAACACAUGAAUGGAAACGAGACUGCGAUCAGAGAGCAGAUGGUUCACCUGGCGAACCUCAUAGACGGCAUCUACAUGCAGCUGAAUGUCCGGGUGGUUCUGGUCGGUCUGGACAUCUGGACCAAGCAGAACCUGAUCAACACAGAGGGCGGAGCCGGCGAGGUGCUGAGCCGCUUCACCCAGUGGAGGGAGAAGGAGCUGGUUUCCCGGCGGCGCCACGACUCGGCCCAGCUCAUCCUGAUGAAGAGCUUUGGUGUAACAGCAGGAAUGGCAUUUGUCUCCACCGUCUGCUCCAGAAGUCAUGGAGGAGGAAUCAAUGCGUUCCUGAACAACAACGUCGCGGCCUUCGCCUCCAUCGUGGCUCAUGAACUCGGACACAACCUGGGGAUGAACCACGACGAUGGGCGGACCUGCAGCUGCCCCGCCGCCGCCUGCAUCAUGCACUCCGGAGCCACAGGAUCCAGAAACUUCAGCAGCUGCAGCGCCGACGACUUUGAAAAGAUGAUCCUGUCGAUGGGAGGGACGUGUCUCUUGAAUGUCCCCCGGCCCGACGAGGCCUACAGCGCCCCCUACUGUGGAAACAGGCUGGUGGACGUCGGGGAGGAGUGCGACUGUGGAUCAGAGAAGGAGUGUGAGGAGGACCCCUGCUGUGAGUAUCGGACCUGUAAACUGAAGCCUGGGGCUCAGUGUGCGUCUGGAGAGUGCUGCUCCGGCUGUCAGUUCCUCCCUGGAGGAACAGUGUGCCGCUCCAAGAAGGACGAGGAGUGUGAUCUGCCGGAGUACUGCAACGGCUCCACCUCCUUCUGUCAGAGCGACGUCUUUGUCCAGAACGGGCAUCCCUGUCGCAACCAGCAGGCCUACUGCUACAACGGGAGGUGCCAGCACCUGGACGGACAGUGCCAGGCCCUGUUCGGACCCAAGGCAACGGCCGCUCCCGACAUCUGCUUCAAAGACGUUAACAGCAAAGGAGAUCGCUUCGGCAACUGUGGCUACCAGCACUACGGCUACAAGAAGUGUGAGAGCAGAAACGCUCAGUGCGGGAAGCUGCAGUGCCUGAACGUGAAGGGGGGGACGGUGUUCGGCAUCCUGCCGUCCAUCAUCACCACUCCGAUACACGGAGCCACCUGCUUCGGGGUCGACUUCAUGCUGGGAUCCGACGUUCCCGACCCGGGAAUGGUGAACGAAGGGACCAAGUGUGGAGACAACAAGGUGUGUAUGAACUUUGAGUGUCGCAGCGCGGACGUCCUGAGCUAUGACUGUGAUGUGGAGACAAAGUGCCACGGACACGGGGUGUGUAACAGCAACAGGAACUGCCACUGCGACUACGGCUGGACUUCGCCAUCCUGCAAGCUGUCGGGCUAUGGCGGCAGCGUGGACAGCGGACCCACAUGGAACGAUAAGGACACGUCUCUCAGGGAUGGCCUCCUCGUCUUCUUCCUCCUCGUCCUUCCUCUGCUGGCUCUGGGAGCGUUUGUCUUCCUGCGCCACAACGAGCUGCUGCGGCGCUUCGGACUGAGCCGCAGGAAGAGGUCGCAGGGAUACCAGGCAGACGAAGCGACUUCGACCAAACCGACCAAUCCUGGCAGAGCUCCGCCUCCCAGAACGCAGCCGCCCCCUGCUGGCCACGGCACGGCGAACUUCAUCGUCAGGGACGGGCAUCACGGUCAGCUGCUGCCGCCGCAGCAGGUGGUGGAGACCAGUGAGAGAGCCCCGCCCUUCGCUGCAAGGCCACCGCCGCCUCCUCUAAAACCGAAACCUUCUGCUGCAUCUCAGCCUCUGGUGCCUCAAAGACCCGCCCCCGCUCCACCUGUUUAGCCAAUCAGGAGCUUCCUCUCGACUCCGCCCUCCUCUUCUUCCUCGUGACCUUCAGUCUGCUCUCUCUGGUUCCUUAGCAACACCCAGGGAGGGAUCAAUGAGGCCGACCUUGAGGUGCAGCCGGACUUGGACUAGGUCGACAAGUCGGACUUGGACUGGGCCGACGGGUCGCAGCAGGACUGAACUGAAGCAGCU